UCUAACGAAGAUUUAAGCUAUUCUAGUCAAGAACAAAUACGGUCAGUCUUGAUGCUCAGUGUAUGUAAUGCAGGGCAUCUUCUUCUUUUUUACACCUUGCUGCAACCACCAAAUGAUUAAACACUAGAAACGAGAUGAUCUCCACCUCAGAUGACUAAUGAAAAACAUAUAUGCAAAAUGAUUGUUUCCCAGAAGGCAUCCUGACUAAUUAUUUACAGGGGAAGUUUGAUAGGCGUGAGUUAGUCUCACCCACAGGGUUCCUGUUGUCAGUGGGCCUAUAUAACAGGAAACCUUGACAGCCCUCAAACGCCUUUACUCUGGAUGCUGAAUGCACAUCAAAGAAAUCUAGUUUUUUUUAACUCUGGACUUGUGUCUGAGAGAAAGUCUGUCAGCAAAGUGUGGGUUCGCCGGCAUCUCUUUUCAGCAGGCAUUAAUUCAGCUAACCACGAUGUGUCAAAGGAAGAUGCUGCAAAUCUCCACAGGAGCUCUUUUUCUUCUCCUACCCUGGUUUGGUGGCCUGGUCCUUGGAGAGAUCAGCAGAGACUUCUCCCAGUGCCUCAGUUUCUUCUACAAGGAAACUCCUCCAGAGGGUUUCAGUGCAGAGGGAGACCAGCCAAUAUGCCAGCGCUACCAAAACCAGUACCGCUUUGCCAGUUUGUAUCACCGGCAGCAUCGUGCACCACUGUACUCGGCGUACGUACUCAGUCCUCCAGAUGGCAAACGGCCCAAAUCCAUUUGGAAGUAUGAACCACAGUUGGCGUUUUCCCGUGCCAGCUCAGAGAUGGAACACUUCCACAUCCCUGUAGACCAGAAUGUGAUUGAGAGUCAGGCGGUGCUUGACGACUACAGGAACUCUAACUUCACCAAGGGCCAUCUCAAUCCCAGCAUGCACGAGAAGACAAAAGAAGACCGCGAGGCCACCUUCACCCUGACAAACGUUGUCCCUCAGCGAGCAGGCUCCAACUCUGGCCCAUGGAACAGUCUGGAGAAUGAGGUGUUAAAAAAAUUCACGGCCUUCUGCAACGGGUCAAUGCAUGUGAUCACCGGAGCCAUGCCUUACGCAUCUAAAUCGCGCUGGAUCAAUAACAGGGUGUCUGUUCCUGAGUACAUGUGGUCUGCCUACUGCUGUCCGUCCUACAGAUCUGACCUCCCGGACUCUGUGAAGCCCUUUUUCCCCACAUAUGCUGCUGUGGGAAGGAAUGACCGCAACAGUGGAGAGGAGAUUGUGCCAGUUAAUGUCAAGGCAAGGGCCUCGAUCAGGGGCUAUGAUGUAAGGCGGAUGUCUUUACAGACACUGGAGGGCAUCCUGGCACAAAGGCUGGCCAUGCCCAUCAGUCUGUUUAAUGGACAGUGUGAGUAGCAAAGAGGAAACGCUUAAGUUCCUUGUUGAAAUCAAGGGCUUCCUGCUAUGUGUGUUUACUGCAGUGAUCUCGUACAGCACAUUUCUUAAUUUUUAAAUACUGAAUGAUUGAUUUGCCAGGACAGGAUUAUUAUCUCUCCG